CCGGUUGAGAGCCGAGAGAGAGAAAGAGAAGUCCUCCUCUCCAUCUUCAUUUUCUUUGACCUUUUUUUUUUAUUUUAUCGUUUUGGUCUUUAACAGACACACAGACAAACACAGGGGUUUAGGCCCUCUUCUCUCGCCCUCUAUCUAUAUAAUCAUAUCUAUCUCUCUCUGUCACAAAACCCUAAUUCGGAUCGGAUCGGGAUCAGAUUAGAUCAGAUCAGAACCCAGAAAAUUCGAAAUCAAAAUCGUAAUCCGAAUCAUUAAUCAAAAUGGCUCAACAAGAGGAACCGUCAUCAUCAUCAUCAGCAGAUCCGACUCUAUCUCGAAACGCAUCGUUUAGCAAGCUCAACGCCCGGGCUCCUGAGUUCGUGCCUUCUCCGCGCUCCGAACCUCCUCCUCCGGCGGCGCCUCUCCAAGUCUAUCACUCCCCUGCUCCUUCCCCUUUCCACGUUCCCAUUCGCACUCACCAUGUCCCUGUGGUUCCUAUUCAGAAUCAUCACCACCCUCACCAUCACCACCACCAUCACCACCCUCACCAUCACCUGCCGCCCAUUCACUUCCAUCCUCCUCCCCCGCCUCCGCCUCCGCCUCCCCCUCCGCCCCCUCACCACCACUUCUACGGCGGCGCUUCUGCUUUUUCCGACCAAGAUGCGCUUCCUCCUCCUCAAUCGCAACCGCCGCCCAAGCCCCCCUCCGAUCACUCGGCCCCGUCCAAGAAUAAGCUCUCCGACGAUGCUACUCUCAAGCUCUUGAACCAGGUGGAGUAUUAUUUCAGUGACUUGAAUUUGGCUACCACUGAUCAUCUUAUGAGGUUCAUCAGCAAAGACCCUGAAGGCUUUGUGCCGAUAUCCGUGGUUGCAUCCUUCAAGAAGAUUAAGGCUCUCAUUAAUACUCAUUCCCAGCUUGCAGCUGUUUUGCGUAACUCGUCAAAGCUCGUGGUUAGUGAAGAUGGGAAGAAAGUUAGGCGCCUUCAUCCGCUGACCGAGUCAGAUAUGGAUGAGUUGCAGUCUCGCAUUAUUGUUGCUGAGAACUUGCCUGAGGAUCAUUGCCACCAAAACCUCAUGAAGAUUUUCUCUUCUGUUGGGAGUGUGAAGACGAUCCGAACUUGCCAGCCGCAGACUCCCAAUGGAGGGGCUCCUUCAGCAUCAAGAGCAGCAAAAUCUGACAACAUGCUCUUUAGUAAUAAGUUGCAUGCUUUUGUCGAAUAUGAAUCUGUCGAGCUAGCUGAGAAGGCUGUUACAGAGUUGAAUGAUGAGGGAAACUGGAGAAGUGGUCUUCGGGUCCGUUUAAUGGUCAAACGCAUGUCGAAACCUUCUCAAGUCCGGGGAAGAAAAGGGCAUGAUGGGGAUAUGCAAGGUGAGGAAGAUGAUGCUUGUACAACUGAGUCACCAGUCAACAGUAAGCAAUUAGAAGAUGCUUCUCAGCAGUCUGACGCGCCUUCACAUGAACACCCAGGGGAGGAGCAUGUGAGUGACAAGGAGGGUGGGCAGAAAAAAGGGCGUAGCCGGGGACGCGGCAAGGGGCGUGGAAGAGGUCAUUAUCACCACAAUAACCGUGGGAAUAAUGUCGUGGGAACUCCACCUUCAAAUAAUAAUUCAGUUGGUAUGGAGUCAGGUGUAGCAAAGCAACAGCCUCCUGGACCGCGUAUGCCAGAUGGCACCAGAGGAUUUGCAAUGGGCCGUGGGAAGCCAGUCGCUGUUAAUAUCACAUAAUGACUGGGAUUUCGAGUGCUGCUUGUGUAUCUUUAGCUGCUUCGCGAUACAUGGUCGGGUGUAUGGUAGAGAACUGUGUUCCAGCGGGGUGUUGAUGGCAAUGGUUUUACAAAAGGGCUGUCAAUAAUUCCCAAACGAUGGUGGAGAGGUUUGUUAAGAGUCAGUUUGAGUGUACUCUCGUCUACUUCUACUAUUUGUGUUUUCAGAUCAGGGUGUGGUCAAGAAAAUGUGAUUCUGGCCUCCCUUUUUUUUCCUCAAUAUAAUGUAGAAAAGAAAAGAAAAGAAAAAAAAAAGCAAAAAAGAAAACAGUUGAGAGUCACCAAUACCUAUAUAGAUAAAAAGAGUGUAGAAAUGACAUUGAAAGAGAACUUACUCUAAUGGGUUUGUGAUUCAUCA